UGCAGCACGAAUCAGUUGAGAUUUCAUGGCUGAAAUUGAGCUGCAAACACGGUCGUCGACUUCUGCAGACCCUCUGAUGUCUCCUUUUUAUUUAUUUAUUUUUUGUUUGUUUGCUGCUGUUAAUGCACACCACCCUCAUCAUACAGCGCUCGGUCAGUCCAUCUGUGAGCCAGGUGUGUGUAAGCUAGAGUAGUGGGUGUGGUGCCAUUUUCAUACUAUCUGUGGACUGUAGGAUAUAUACGCCAGAGGCGAACUGGUGAGGCGACUUUUCGUUUACACCAAGCAGCGGAGCAGCAGUGGGACGCGGGCUGCAGCUCGUGCUGUUGUAAUCUGUCAUUAGAUAUCCAGGGGAUCUCACAUCGGCUGCAGAGCAACAAGACAUGGAUACCUUGCAGUCUUGGAGACGACCUUGAACUUCUUUGUGUACCAAAUCUGCAGGAUGAACUUCAAAAACAUGAGAGAGUACCUGGCUUGGCUGUACUACCAGUACCUGCUCAUCACUGGCAUCUAUGUCCUGGAACCAUGGGAAAAAUCCAUUUUUAACUCCAUCCUUUUCUCCGCCAUUGCCAUGGUGAUCUACACCUCAUAUGUUUUUGUACCCAUCCAUGUGCGGCUGGCACUGGAGUUUUUCUCUGGGAUCUCAGGUGGUCAGCCUGAAAGCACCAUGGCCCUGAUGAACUAACAGAAGUGCGGAUGACUGAAGAAAGGAGAGAAAGAAUGGGUGGAUUAGCUUAAGUCCAUAAAUAAUUUCCUGCAUCUCAACUCCUUACCUUCCACAAAACCUUGAACCCAUCUGUACACAUUUAAACCACUCAGUCACACCAGCUCAGCAGGACUAAAAACAAGAAGAUCUUACUGGAAGGAUAUGAACAUCAGAGCCUUGCCAUCUUCUUUUACAUCCCACAUACUAUGGCCUUACCUCAUAGUAUUAGACACACAAUUGUACCUUAAUUUCACAACCUCGCUGUGAAAUGCCUUGUGAAAUGUUUGUCUAUAUUGUUUUCUACCACUUGUCCUGUGUGAAUGCAUAACACCUUCAGGUUUUGCAUGAUAGGGUCAAACGUGUGGUAAAUUUGCAUGCUUGUCUAACUACAAGACACCCCUAAAUGAUUGUCUUCCCACAGCUGUAAGCCACGAUCUUUAGAGGGGCAUUUCAGUCAUUUCAUUUGUUGCCUUCAUUAGAAUUUGGGCUUGAAGGAGUAAUUAUGCUUGAUAACUGAGUCACCCAAGGUGUUAUACACUGCCUGGCCAAAAAAAGUCACCACCCAAAAAAGGUCACACACUAAUAUUUCGUUGUACUGCCUUCAGCUCUGAUUACAGCAGCAUUCGCUGUGGCAUUGUUUUGAUAAGCUUCUGCAAUGUGACAAGAUUUAUUUCCAUCCAGUGUUGCAUUCAGGAUUUUUUCUGACCACAUUUCUUCCUGGAAGACGAUGGUUCCCCACAAUCCUUCUUGUUUUAAUAAUGCGUUGGACAGUUCUUAACCCAAUUUUAAUAAUUUCUGCAUCUCUUGGAUGUUUUCUCUGCUUGAUGCCAGUGAUUUGAUCCUUCUUAAACAGACUUACAUCCUUUCCAUGAUCACAGGCUGUGCCUUUCCACAUGAUUGUUUAAGAAAUGAGAAGCUACUCAUUGCAUCACUUAUGGUUAAAUAACUUGUUGCCAACUAAAAGGUAAUAAUCCAUGCUGUAAUUAUCCAAUAGGAGGCUUGUACCUAUUUGCUUAGUUAUAUCUAGGUGUUGACUUUUAUUUAUUUAUUUAUUUUUUGGCCAGGCAGUGUAACUGUGAUAGGCAAUAUCUGGCUGUGACCAAAAUUGACUAUAAUUAUUAGUUUAUGGACUCUGAAUCUGGAGAACCCUUUAACUUAUUUUAGAU